CUCAAUACACAGCAAGCACAAUCGCAAGAGAAGGGACACUCGAAUACCCGGCUCUCGGGUGUCCCUUUCACCUUGAAAACCCCAGCCCCCUCUAUUCAGAUCUUGGAGCUACAGAGCUGGGUUCCGAGCCUUUGUCGCACCUUUGGAUCCUCUACUCUACUACAAACUACCCAUUUCCGGAAAAAUUUCAUACCCCAUUGUUUCCGAGCCUCGUCUCAAGGGGCUCAUAUCAACUUCUUUCUUGAUAAUCGAGGAGCGAGGACGAAGGUCACUCACCAUGCCUGGCGCCGUUCUCCUUCCCCCCUUCUCAGCGGCACUCACGCAGGAGGCAGUCGAAGCCUCAAUCGAAUCUUACCCAUCUGACUACAUCAUCGAACAUAUCCUCGCGCUCAGCAGCUACCUGAUAGAUCUCGUCGAGCGCACCAACUUCUUCGGCAAACCCGGGCAUGACCCGUUCAGCCCGAGUCUACACACACUGUACGACCGCCUACAAAAUGGACAAUUCGGCCCCAGCUCGCUCGAUUCGCAGUUCCUCACCGAAGAGCGCGUCAAGGCGAGGACAUUGGAACGCACGGCGACUCCAGCAGCGCAACGACCGCUGGCAGACUUCGAGGACGUGUACUACGCACUUGUAUCGCGUAUAAAAGAUAUACACCACCUCUUGAACAUGCGCCUCAAGAGCCGCUUCAACGAGGUGUCUGCACCAGUCUUUGAGGGUGGGCCAACCAUCACUGACCUGCACGAUAGCCUCUCUCAGUACUGGUUCGUUCUCAAUGAGCCAGGGUGCGGUAAGGGGCUGGACGAUGCGAUCCGGCGAGAGAAGGCAGAGACUAUGCAUCGGGAGAUCAUAUUCCGUGUGCAGAACAACGAGCUUUCCCAGACAGAGGCGGAGGACGACAUUGCGCGGCUGUGGGACCCGCACUCUUACAGCGGCAUCCAAGGAUUGUGGUUCAUCAACGGGUUUGCGCCGGCCAUGAUCGCUGCGUCGCUGGAGCAGAAAUACCGGGUAAUGCUGCGCUUCGAAAGGGAGGAGGCGGAGAAGCAGGCAAGACAAGAGAGGAGGCAGGCUAAGAUGAAGAAGCAAGUGAAGUUCUCCCGCCAGCGGGCUGAGCUAGCGGGCUUCGAACAGUCCGACCACGGUGAAUGUCUGGAUGCCCGGCGGUUCGACGGGAAGGCGCACAUCGAUGUCGAUCACCAAGCACAAAAGCAGCAACAAGAAGAAGUCCAGUACCCGUCUACUCAUGACGGCGUGGAUGAGGGACUCGUUCAGCAACAUCUCGAGCAGGAGCGCGCUCACCAGCAACAACUUCAUCACGCCCUCGAGUGGCAGAUGAAGAGCCAGCGUGUCUCCGAAUACCGCAACUACCUUCGAAAUCGCGCCAGCCAGGAUGCCCGGCAAGUCAUUCGAAACACUGUUCACGGCAACAACAGGAUGAGCACAUUCACCAACCCCGCUCAAGACAACAGCAACGGUGAUACGGAUAUGGGUCAUGCUGAUGCCUAAGGACUGUUAGUGAUGGAAGAUAAAUUGGGCCGGCUUCAAGGAAGCAUAUGGACAAUGACGUUGGCUCAUACCGAAGUCUGAUCAUUGUCAAGAAUUACGAAAUGGAUAUGGCUUGUUUGAAACGACUUGAUCUUGACCACUCGAUUUUCGGUAGAUAGCUGUAGUAAAGCGUAGGCGCCGUUGAGCAGACGCUAUGGGAAAGUGACCUAGCAAAGUGGAGUAUGGCGCGUAAGUAGCCGUUGCUGUG